GGCAAGGCGUACCUGAAGAAACCAUUGUCCGCCUACUGAGGGCAAAUUCUCGCCUUGGUUAAGCUACUGUGAUUGUUUCUUUGGCACGCUUCAGUUUAUCCGGCUGGCUAGCCAAGCCGAGCAAAAGCCGUCGCCACCAAGACAAAUGUUUGUUCAUGGAGACAAGAAACCUUGUUUUCCCCGUGCACUGUCUGCAGCAGCUCCAUAGCAACCCAGCUUUGCUGUGAGACCACACAAAAACGAAGACCAAGGUAUCAGUGCCGAGCUCCCAGCAAUUCGGGCGGGCCCAACGUUGAGGCUUCGCUUCGUUGCCGUCUCUCUGCUCGGGCCCAGCGGGAGCUGCCCCCCCCCGCGGCUGUCCUUUGAGGACCAUGAGACUUUAGUGCAACGCUCUUGUGGAGCGGGGAUCACGAACUCCACAGAGUCCGUAUGCGCAUCCUCACCAUGCGGGAGAAGAAGCUCACCACGGUGCCCCCCACUAUAAGAGAAAAUGAGUUUGAAGAUUAUUUAGCAACCGACGAUAUACUUAUAGACUUCUUUAAUGAAUUCUUGAGUCUCCCAACCUUUGCAGAGCCAAUUAAAUUUAAUCCUGAUUUUGGCAUUUUUGAAGUUGAUACUGAUGCCCCACAGCAUAUGGAAAAUCAGCUGAAAAAGAUGUUACGUGAACAGAAACCUCGGAAUCCCAUUUUUGAUGUCACAAGGCCAGCUAAGCCAGAAAGUCCCAUUUCUAAAAGCCCUCCUCCUCCUCCUCCUCCCUCAGUGUUAAGCUUUGACCCAAAUUACAUAGCGAAGUGUCUGGAUCGAGAGCAGGCCAUUGCAUGGAUUAAAAAGGAAAGAUUUCCAGCGUUUCUAGAGAGCGACUGUUACUUUGAAUACAGGUUAGCUAAACUUAUAUCACAGGUGGAGUGGAGCAUAACUGGCAUCAAUUUUAUUAUCGAUAAAGCAUAUUAUCCUUGGUUCACAAAAAGCCUCCCACCCUCAGAAGUCUCUGAAGACAAUGAAGAUGACUUAAUUAUGAGAAAGUUCUACGUAUCUCUUGGCCAGGCUACUGUCACCCAGACACAGGAUUGGUUUACUCUAGCCAAGCUAAGUCAGCACAUGAUUUCUACGGAUUCUAUUAAUCGUCCUGUGGUAUCUUCCCAUGUUCAUUUUUCUGAUGGGACUUCAAAGUCAUCUUCCUCAAUCCUAGAUUUCAGGUCAGUACAAAGGGUGCCUAGUGUUUCAUCCUGUGUUCUCCAUGCAGUUGGUCUUGGAGAACUGGAUCCCAGGAUUAAAAAGAAGCGCUCCGCCACGUCUGGUACCCCACUUCUUCACAGAUUAGCAGCCAGGAGAAGCAUAGAUGAGGGGCGUUCUGUGUCACUUCCUGAUACUCCUUCAAGGACUGUCUUAAGAGCGUACUUAGGGCAGAACUGGAAUGCUGCUCCUCAAGGGGUGGAGGACUUUGAGCGACAAGAACUUGCAUAUUUUCAAACAGUAGAUGAGUUUUCAUUAGCCUACACUCAGUACAUACUUAGAAGCUCAAUCGCAGAACUUACUGGGCAGCCACCUGAAGCCAGCCCAACUGAUGUCAACUUCAGUAGAGUGUCAAGAGUGUUUAUAUUUGAGAUAGCAAACAUUCAACCUUUCAUGGAGCCACUCCAAGGAAAACCUCUGAUACUUGGGGAUGACAUCACGGAUAAGGGAAGUGAAAUAAGCAUUAGUACAAAAUCUGAAAAAGAUAGCACUGAAAGUAGGGCUGCCUGGUGUCUUAGCCACAAGACUUAUGAUAUUGGUAACAGACAUGAAUUUGAAAGGUUCAAGAAGUUCAUCAAAGGAACUUUGGGAGAAAGGUACUGGCACCUCUGGUUGGACAUUGAAAGACUGAAAGUCCUGAGGGAUCCUAAACGGCAGAAAAGACAGCUUGAUAGAAUGAAAAAAAUCUACCUAGUGAGCAAUGGAGAUUAUUUCCUUACCUCUGAAGUUCUGAUCAAACUAAACUUGCUGGAUGGAGACCAAUGGAACAUGUAUAAUUUAAGACAAGUUCAGUCUGAGGUAGUGAAACCUUUGCUUCUCUACUGGGGUCCCCGAUUUUGUGUAAUCCAUACAGCUGCCAUACAGGCUACAACUGCCAAACUGAAAAUCUGGCAUUCUCGGCAACAGAAACCACGGAUGGAUGUGGAUCCUUUCCCACAGAUGGUGUCACUGUUGCCACUGAGAGCUAAAUCUUGCAUGCCGAAAAUAGCACAACCCCAUUAUCAGACAAGAGAAAUGGGAUCUUCACCACCUCUGACAAAAGGAACUAUGUUAGAUAUAUGUUCUCAGAAGCCUUGCAGACUACUAUCAGCAGUCCUGCCACGGAGUCAAAGUGCUGUUCAGGAAGGUCCUGAUCAUUUCUUCGGUCCAACAGAUAUUAACAUGAAGCGGCCAGCAACAGUGUGCAGCAAUGUGAUUCAUAUGGCAACAUUUCCUGACAAAACUGAAUAUAUGAAGUCACAGCUAGAUAGAAAAUACACCUAUGCAGAAGUGAUCCCAGGUAAAACGUCUCCGGACAUUUAUGAACUGGGAAGUUCCAAAAUGGAAAGAAUGCUGCAAUCCCUUAACACAGAGAACAGAGCAGGCUACAUCUUUACUGAAUUCUGUGAGAAGUCGGAAAAUAAGCUGUGGAAGAACAGCACGUACUUCUGGUUUGACCUGCAGGAUUAUCAUCAACUUUUCUAUCAAGAAACCCUUCAUCCUUUGAAACUAUGCCAGCAAGCUCAAUUUCUUUAUGCCAAUUACAUUGCCCCUUCUGCCAGCAUGGAUAUUGGACUACAGCAGAUUACAAAAAAUGAGAUUAACCAGAAAAUGGAGCCACCAUUUGAGGAUCUUUUUGACCCAGCAGAAGAAUAUAUCCUCACCCUCCUCUUAACUCCAUGGAUGAAGAUGGUGGAACAAGACAAAGAUACUUAUGGGAAGGUGGAGCUGGUGGAAGAAACUCGACAGCUGGACUCAGUGUACUUUAGAAAGCUGCAGGCUUUGCAUGAAGACAGCAUUUCCAAGAAGGAUGAGGUUUUGACUGUCAAAGAAGACAAAGUCUCAUUGCAUCCUGAUUCUACUAAAGUCACAGUACACCCAAGUCAAGUUCUCUCUGAAGAAGUUAAGUCAUACAGCAUGAAUGACUUGUUACACAACAAACUGGAGUUAGAACAGUUCCGGUCCUUCCUUGAACAGCAGUCUGCAAGCAUGGACCUUAUGUGCUGGAUUGAUAUUGAACAGUUCCGGAGGAUGCUUCACAAAAAUAAAGAACAGAGAGAAGAAAAAUCUAAGAAUAUUAAAAAUAAAUAUCUAAAUAGGAAAUACUUCUUUGGGCCUGACAGUCCAGCUACAAAAGAGGAACAAGAGCAGAUAAUGAAAUUAGGUGGGGGCUGGGGACAGAUACUUCACGAGCAAGUUCUUCCUGUGAUCCUGUUGGAGGUUCAAAAGUACGUUCAGAUGAGACUAGAGAAAAAGUGGCUGCCACUAUUUUUUACAAGUGAAGAACUGGGACCACAGACAAGACCAAAGCCUCACCUACGAGAUGCAGCAGAAGAUAUCUUAAUUCAGAGACAUGAGAAGAAAACGGAAGCAUGGAAGCUUUUGGACAAUAAGUGGGUUUCUUCAUCUAGGGAAAUAAUUACUUUCCGCAAAGCCUUGUUGAAUCCAAUCACAGCCUAUCAGUUUCAACGCUAUGUGUCUCUGAAAGGAGAUUUACUGGAGAAUGGAGUGAUCUUCUGGCAGGAGGUGCAGAAAUAUAAGGACAUGUGCCAUUCCCAUUGUGAUGAUGCCAUUAUCCAGAAUAAGAUCACAACUAUCAUCAACUGCUUCAUAAAUUCUGCCAUUCCACCAACUCUUCAGAUUGAUAUACCUGAAGAACAGGCCCAGAAGAUUAUUGAGCACAGGAGAGAACUAGGCCCUUACGUGUUUAGAGAGGCACAGAUGACUAUUUUUGCUCUUCUGUUUAAAUUUUGGCCAAAGUUUUGUGAGUUCCGAAGUAAUUUGGCUGAUGAAAAGAUUUUGCCUGUUCUGGAGAAGCGAAGAGAAAAGAAGCAUAUGAAGCUGAAAAAAUCAAAAGAACGAGAAGAGACCCAGUGGAAGAAAUCCCCCAUGUCUGUUAAGAUGGGUUCAGUUCUUGAGGGUAAAAUGAGUAAAAGUGAACUUUCAUCUACGCCAAGCUUUUCUGGAUAUGGACGACAGCUUUCCUGGACUUACUCAAAGUACCUAGAAGCUCUCCAGCAGGAAAGAGUUCUCCUAAAGAUUCAAGAGGACUUAGAUAAAAAAUCAAUAGCAUCAUCGGCUUAUACAGAUCUCUCAUCCCUUCUCACACUGAAGAGUAAUCACCCGCCGGCCUCAGAACGAACUGUUAUUACAACAACUUUUGCCUCAACUUUUGUGAAGCAGCAUUCGUUUCCUCCCAAAGACAAUGCAAGAACUCCAAAACUUUAAGUACGUAAUGUGAUGAAGAAAUGAUGGAUUUGCAACUACUCUGGGAACAGUCUACAGUAGAAAUAAAGUCUUGUGGGCAAUUUGCUUGUACUAUUUUUCAGAUAAGGUCAACAGCCAUCUUCUGAGGGCCAGCAACAGAGGAGAAACCAGCUACAUUUUGUUCAGUGGCUUUGAAAGCAUUGCCCUUAUUUAUUGCACUGUUACUUGGUACUUUUGCCUUUGGGAUGGAGGGUUUGUCCAUCAAGAUGACAACAAAGUCACCUACGGGAAAGGUUAUAGUUCUGCAGGUGCUGUGCAUGGAAAAGUCCCCAAGUUCAAUCCCUGACAUUCCCAGAUAAGGCUGGGAAAGGCACUCAUCUGAAACCCUGGACAGCCACUGCUAUUCAGUAUAGACAAUACUGAAAUAGAUGGACUAAUUGUCUGACUAGGUUUAAGCUAGCCAUCUAUGUUUAACAUCUCUCUGAAAUAUAUAUAAAUAUUGUUGCAGCUCAGGCCUAAAUGGGGGGGGGGGAACCUGGUAAGGAUCUGGCCUCUGCUAUCAAAAAGAUCCCCCACCUUCAGCCAAAUUUUAACAAUAAAGAAGUACAAUAUUCAUUAAUUGGUGAUCACUUGUGGCCGAGUAAGAUUGUCUUCCAAGAUAAGGUCUUUAACGGUGGGUCCGUAAGUGACUGUGGAGGCCAAUUCUGGAUCCACACAGCCUCCCACAGUGAGGACAUAGGUUUCCAGAUGGAAUACCCAACAUUUGGUUUACCUACAUAGCUAUUCCACAUGUCCACCCACUCAUCCUUCAAUUUCUGUUCCCUACUAUAUUCUCAAGCACUUAAUAACGAAAGACUGUAUAUUUUAAUUGGUAGCUCUGUUCUGAGUCAGACUUGGUAGAUUUGCUAUAUGAAGGAUAUUAUCCAGAUUUUUGUCAGAGAGGAUAAAGCUUCACACGAAUGCUAUCCAGCCUUGCAGAAUUAUAUCCACCCACGCCAUAAAAUGACUUAUUUCCCUUGUGGCCUUGAUGGAGGUGGUGUAACUCCAUGUCUUAUUUGUCUGUCAUAAAGGAGAUGGAAUUGCUUUGGUGCAUAGGUAGAAUUUUGCAUGACUGGCUGUAAUUUAUUCUUUUAGUAACAUUUCUAAAAUACUUCACCAAUCCAGUUUACAGUUGGGUCUGGGUGUUUCAGUGAAAAGGCUAUAGAGGCAUAGUUAUGUUCCAGACAAGUUAAACACUUUUGAAUAUAAUUUAUUUUAGUGAGAGAGUUAAUCAUGAUCUCAAGUCUCUUUCCUGCAAAUAAAUGGAACUUAAAAGUGUUUUACUUUGGAUUGUGCCACAUGCGUUUUGUUGCUUACUGGCUAUUUAAAACAAGAAAGUGUUGCUGCACCUAAAGAUCAACAGCUUUUUAGGGUCCAUCCACAGAAGGAAGGAAUCCAUCAGUGGAGUGGGAAUAGAGGCAACUUUUGGUGAUUCACUCUCCUCUCUGCAUU